AUGGCUCCUGCUUGGACCAUGCCGACGGCCAGGAUGACGACGCUACAACAAGCAGAGGCUGGCUUGCACGCGCGUCACCCAGCGCUCGCCUACCCACCCAUCAACCUCCCCCUUAUCCCGCCAUCAGAUGAGAUGAAGGAGAUCCGCGAGGGGAACCUGUCCCUCAUCCACGACUGGCGCGAGCGCAUCGCGGCGCAAAUGUCCCAAGGUCCCUCCAGCGCCCAGGCGCUUCACUUCCGCCGUGGCAUGCUCCUCACGCGCGACCGCAUCGCCCUACUCCUCGACCAAGACUCGCCCUGGCUUGAACUCUGUGCGUUUGCCGGCUACGACCAAGAGGACUCGACGCCCUGCGCCUCGACGGUCGCCGGCAUCGGCCUCGUGAACGGCGUGCUAUGUAUGAUCAGCUCGGGCAUCCCGACUCUUCAAGGCGGAAGUAUCAACGAGAUGGCUGUCCUCAAGGGUGAGCGCAUCGCGCAGAUCGCCGCAGAGAAUCGGCUACCUGGCAUUGGGCUCGUGCAGAGCGCCGGUGCGAACCUCACGCAGCAGUUCCGAGUCUUCCACAAGGGCGGCGGUAGCUUCCGUAGUCUUGCGGAGCGCAGCCAAGCAGGCAUUCCGACUUGCUCCGUUGUCUUUGGAAGCAGCACCGCCGGCGGAGCUUAUCAGCCCGGCAUGUCCGACUAUGUCAUUAUGGUCAAGCAGCAAGCGCAGGUUUUCCUUGGAGGUCCACCGCUGGUUAAGAUGGCGACGGGUGAAGUGUCCACGGCUGAAGACCUCGGCGGAGCAGAGAUGCAUUCACGCAAGAGCGGCGUCAGCGACUGGCUCGCCGAUGACGAGUUCCAGGCACUGGUCAAAGCGCGUGAAUGGGUCGCGUCGCUCAACUGGAGGCAUUCUAUGACGAACACAGAUGCCCUGUAUAGCAAGAUAGGGCGGGAGCUCGCACCGGUUCACAGGAUGGACAGCUUAUUGGACGUCGCACAGGCGAACAUCAAAAAGCCUUGGGAUGUCACCCAACUCAUCGCUCGCAUUGCCGACGGCAGCCGCUUCUCUGCCUUCAAGCCGCUGUACGGCACAAACACCGUGUGCGGGUGGGCGUACAUUGCCGGCUUUCCUGUUGGGAUCAUCGGCAACAACAGCGUGCUCUUCCCAUCCGACUCGGACAAGUGCACACAGUUCAUCCGACUCUGCAACACGCGUAACGUGCCCAUCGUCUGGCUCCACAACUGCUCCGGCUUCAUCGUCGGCAGACAGUACGAGGAGAGUGGGAUCAUCAAGACCGGCAGCCUCAUGAUCAACGCCGUGUCUAACAGCCGUGUGCCGCACCUGAGCAUCAUCUGCGGCUCGAGCUAUGGUGCGGCCAAUUAUGCGAUGUGCGGCCGCUCGUACGGCCCGCGCUUCCUGUUCAGUUGGCCGCAGGCGCGCUGCUCCGUCAUGGGUGCCGAGGCGCUCAGUGGCGUGCUCGACAUUGUCGGGCGCGAAGCAGCCGCACGUAGGGGCAAGAUGAUCGAUGAGGAAAAGCAGCAAAGCAUCAUGGCCAUGUUCAAGAUGGACGUGGAAAGUCAGAGCGAUUCUUAUUACACCAGUAGCAGGAUGCUGGAUGAUGGGAUCAUCGACGCGCGCAAAGACAUCGAGGCUCAUCCAAGAGACACUCGCGACGUCUUGGCUUUCUGUCUCGAAGUGGUCAACCAAGAAAAGAUCCAAGGCAACCCGGGCUUUGCGGGCGUUUCACGCAUGUAA